AUGAUGCGCCAACAGCUUUUGCGCAGUCUGCCGCGCUCGCAGAGGCUGGCCUCGGUCAAUGCCACUCGCGCCUUCACCUCCUCCGCCCCUCGUCCCGCCGAGGUCGAGCUCACAAUCGGUAUGCCCGCAACUCGCAGACUUCACCAAAGUAACAUGACUGACACGCGCAAACAGNAUGGCAAGAAGGCCUGCGAGAAGGCCGGCUCCACCGUCCCCCGCUACUGCUACCACGAGAAGCUCAUGAUCGCCGGUAAUUGUCGUAUGUGUCUCGUCGAGGUCGAGCGCGCCCCCAAGCCCGUUGCCUCGUGCGCAUGGCCCGUCCAGCCCGGUAUGGUCGUCAAGACCGACUCUCCCCUCGUCCACAAGGCCCGUGAGGGUGUCAUGGAGUUUCUGCUGGCCAACCACNCCCUCGACUGCCCUAUCUGUGACCAGGGUGGCGAGUGCGAUCUCCAGGACCAGAGCAUGAGAUACGGUGCUGACCGUGGCCGCUUCCACGAGCUUGGUGGCAAGCGUGCCGUCGAGGACAAGAACAUUGGCCCCCUCGUCAAGAUCGGUACCUACCUCGAGACCGCCCUCGACACUGAAAUGUCCGGAAACGUCAUUGAUCUUUGCCCCGUCGGUGCCCUCACCUCCAAGCCCUACGCCUUCCGCGCCCGCCCCUGGGAGCUUAAGCACACCGAGACUGUUGAUGUCAUGGACGCUCUCGGUUCCAACAUCCGUGUUGACAGCAGAGGUCUCCAGGUCAUGCGUGUUCUUCCCCGUCUGAACGACGACGUCAACGAAGAGUGGAUUGAUGACAGAUCUCGCUUCUCAUGCGACGGUCUCAGCACCCAGCGUCUUACCACCCCUCUCAUCCGCGAAGGCUCCACCUUCAAGCCCGCCACCUGGGAGAACGUUCUGGUCGAGAUCUCCGAGAAGUUCAAGCAGCUCCAGCCCAAGGGCGAUGAAUUCAAGGUUGUUGCCGGUCACACAAUGGACACCGAGUCGCUUGUCGCCGCAAAGGAUCUCGCCAACCGUCUCGGCUCUGAGAACCUGGCCCUCGACCAGCCUCAGGGUGACUCUCCUCUGGCCCACGGUACUGACGUUCGCGCAAACUUCACCUUCAACUCCAAGAUCAUCGGUGUUGAAGAGGCUGAUGCCAUUCUUCUUGUUGGAACUAACCCCCGCCACGAAGCUGCUGUCCUGAACGCCCGCAUCCGUAAGCAGUGGGUCCGCUCUGACCUUGAGGUUGGUCUUGUUGGUGAGGACUUCGAGUCCACUUUCGAGUACGAGAACCUUGGUGCCGAUGCCAACGCCCUCAAGUCUGCCCUUUCUGGACCUUUCGCCGAGAAGCUGAAGAACGCCGAGCGCCCCAUGAUCAUCGUUGGUAGCGCUGUCGCCGAGCACCCUGACGCCAAGGCCAUGUUCGAGACUGUCGGUAAGUUUAUCGAGGAGAACAAGGUCAACUUUGCCACCAAGGAGUGGAACGGAUACAACGUUCUUCAGCGUGCUGCUGCCCGUACUGGUGCCUACGAGAUUGGCUGGGGUGUCAGCAACCCUUCCACCGCUCAGACCACUCCCAAGAUGGUCUGGCUUCUUGGUGCCGACGAGAUUGAGGCCGCCGAUAUUCCCAAGGAUGCCUUCGUCAUCUAUCAGGGCUCUCACGGUGACAAGGGUGCUCAGCUCGCCGAUGUCAUUCUCCCCGGUGCCACCUACACUGAGAAGAGCGGAACUUACGUCAACACUGAAGGCCGCACCCAGAUGGCUCGCGCCGCCACUGGUACCUACGGUGCCGCUCGCGAGGACUGGAAGAUUCUCCGUGCCGUUUCCGAGGCCCUCAACGUUACCCUUCCCUACGACGACAUUGAGAUGCUCCGCGACCGCAUGAACGAGAUCUCCNCCGCCCUCUCCGCCUACGAUGUUGCCGAGCCCACUUCGCAAGAAAUUGCUGCUCUUUCCAAGGUCCAGCUUGUCGAGGCCAACCACGGCGCCAAGAUCACCGGCACCGCUCUCAAGAAGCCCAUCGCCGACUUCUUCUUCACCAACGCCAUCUCAAGAUCCUCGCCCACCAUGGCCCGCUGCUCAGCAUCAAAGGCUCAGGGUAACGCAAAGACCAACUUCAUGGCUCCUGGUGAGCCCAACCCCCAAGUGCAUUACGGACCCAACGCUGUCGCCAGCGCAUAA